AUACGUGUCUGUACAAACGUUACUUUUGAAAAUCUGGGAGACUGAACAUUAAAUCGACAUGUUUAUCGUACGAGUUAACAAAUGAUGCAAAGGUGAAGGUCAAAAGAGAAGUUUUCUUGCUGUUGUUUACUUGUUAGAUCGAAUGUACUUAUGUAGCUGAUCCACCAUUUACGAAAGAAUGUAAUGUGACGGGGAGAGAAGUUAAAAAACAGAAAGUAAAAUUUUGCACCAUAACAUUUGGAUGCCGCUUUGUUGUUUACCAGCGCAGUUUACUUGAAAGUCAUGCCAAAGAGAGCAAGGAUUGAUGAUAAGCGUAGUCGCCAGAAAGACAAGCUGAGAAAGAGACUGAAAAGACAACAGAAUGCUUGCUCCUCUGCCGUCACACCACCAAAUGAGACCACAGAGUCUGUUGUCCCUUGCGGGUCAAUGGACGGAGCUGUGUCAGCUCCCCCUGGUAAUCUUCCAGGGUUUGGUUUGAUGGGGUUUCCACCUAAAGAGGAAAAACCCCUGGCCAGGAUGCAGGCCUCGCCUCGAGUGAAAAUGCAUCCACCUGCCCCGAGGUUGCCAUCUCCUCGGGGAAGUCGUCUGUUUGUCAAAAACGUGACAAAGGCACCGUCCACUGACUCCCCAGCGUGGGUUUGUACUCCAACGAGGGUACCUGGGCAUGAUGAAGGCUUUAAGCCUUGCCCAGCAGGUCAGGCGCAGCUGGACUCUUCUGUGCUAAGAGGGUCUAGCAGUAUAUCAAAAGAUGAGGAAAUAAAGACAGUGUUAAAAACGGCUUCUGAACGUAAAAAUAGUACUGACUUGGUCAAUGUAAACUUGUCUUGUGACAUGGAAAAAAAGGAAGUAAAACAUGCAGAUGAAAUUUUGAAUGAGAAUGAGAUUGACAUAGCUGAAAAUAGUUACAUGAAUGAAAACGUUAUGAGACAUGCACAUGAAACUGUAUAUGAGAAUGUUGACAAUCAUCAGAGAUACUUUGUUCAAAAUAGUGAAUGUACUCAAAUGCAUGAAAUUGACUGUAAUGUAAAUGACACAAAUUUUCAGACAUCUGUUCAAGGUUCAUUCCAUCAGGCACAUCCCAUGUUUGGUGACAAUGCAGGUACUCAAUGUGUUGCAAACAGUUUAGCUGGUCUAGCUUUUGAACAAUUUAAAAGCAGCAAACUUUGGACUACACAGGAUAUGAACAAGAUACUAGCAACAGGUGAUGAGUUGUACACAUAUUUGCAGAGAAGUUCUUCGAUGCAUAGUAGAUAUUUAUUGGUAGAUGAAUUACCCCAGUACUUUGAGUGUUUCAACAGGGCAUUUGAAUUCACAACGAAUUCAACGUUAGCAAGUAUUAUAAAUUUGUCGGGUCAUGAACCAUGCUAUGCUGACUUCAAUGCAUACCAUCUAUAUGAGGCGUUACAAAUUGCUUUGCUAGAAUCAAAUGGGUGUUUUGUGUGCUUUGGGGGAAAUACAUUUCUUAUUGGAAAAACAAAUGGAUUUUAUUUUACAUUUGACUCCCAUUCAAGAUCACCACAAGGCUUAUUUAGUUGUAGUGGGAAAAGUACAAGACUUUUGUUCCAAAAUGUAGAGCAAUUAUUAGAACAUAUUCAGAAGCUUGCCAUUUCCAUGGGGUUUUCGAGCAUUGUUGAAUGCAAUAUAACAGGGGCAAUAUGCCGUGCAAAAAAGUUGGAAGAAGAAAAGAAAGUUUGUUGUACUUCUACAGAGCAAAGUGGUGAAAAUGAAUGUGAGAAUACAACAGAUUGCGAUGGUGAUAGUGAUGAUGAUGCAAUUGUAUUUAUUCGUAAUGAAGAAAACCGAUUUCGAUUUUGUCCCCUAUCAAAUGCUUUAAAGGAAGAGUUCUGCAUUGAGCUAGGAAUACAAUAUGCUCAGAUAGAAGUUACCUCAGUUGAAACACCAAAUAAAGAAUUAGGAAUCCCUAAUUUAACCAUACCUAUCACUGGAGAUGGAAACUGUUUUUUCAGAGCAGUCUCAUAUUGUCUAACGAGUACAGAAAAUCACCAUCAUGUUGUUCGCAGCGCAAUAUGCAAUCACAUUCUAAAGAAUGAAAACAAAUUUCAAUCAUUUUUGAGAUCUAAUGAAGCGUCAGUCAAAAACCACGUGUCUUCAAUGGAGAAAGAAGGGAAUUGGGCAACGGAAAUCGAAAUUUUUGCAUUAGCUCAUAUGCUAUCGGUCGAUAUUUUCACAUUUUCAAAUGGCAAUUGGCUCAAGUUCUCAGGACAAAAUGUCUGUGCAUCUCUCAGAACAAAACGAAAUGGUUUAUAUUUAAACCACCAAAAUCAAAACCAUUAUGAAGUUGUCCUUGAUGUUGGUGAGUUAAUGGUUGAUGUUAUAAGCGAAAGCAAACUCGACUCCAUGUACGUAGAUAAAAGUUGUCGAAAAUCAAGAAUUGAAAAAGGAAAUAAAAAAAAUCAAUACAAAAGGGAAAUGUAUCGAAAAAAGUACAACGAAAAUUUAGACUUCAAAAAUCAAAAGCUUUGGAAAGCCUCACUGAAGUACAAAGAGAAUGAAAAAUUCAGAAUCUCAUUAAAAGAAAGCAAUAAAACAAAAUAUCAGAAUGAUCAGACAUUUCGGGACAAAGCUAGGCUCAUGAGUAAGAACAAAAGUCGAGCACAAUACAAUGACCCUGAUCACAGAAAAAAGGUAUUGAACAAAGCAAACUCUAACUAUCGAACUGAUCCGACAUACAGAGAGAAAAUUAAGCAAAAGGCGGUUUUAAAGUACAAGAAAGAUAGUGUAUAUAGAUCUACCUGUGUGGAGAAGAGCAAGCAAAAGUACAAAAUUGACAGUGUUCAUAGGCAGAAUGUCAAAAGAAAAAGUACAUUAAAAUACAAAACCAAUGACGUACAUCGACUGAAAGUCAAAACAAAAAGUAGGCUGAAGUACAAAACUGAUGACGAACAUAGACAAAACGUCAAAACUAGAAGUACUCAGAAAUACAAUACCGAUGAUAAACAUAGACAACAAAUGAAAAUGAGAAGCUCAAAAAAGUAUGAAUUGAAUGAAAAACACAAAGAAAAUGUGAAACAAAGAAGUAUCAAUAAGUAUCGUUUGGAUGAUGCUCACAAAGAGAGGGUUAAAAAAGCGAGUAUUCAGAAAUAUAGAUGCGAUGAAAAAUUCAGAGAAAAACUCCUUCGCAGUAGUUCAUUGAAAUACGAAACGGAUGAAACUUUCAGAUCGAAGUCCCUAGAAAACAGCAAGCGUUAUUACCACUCUAGUCCAGGUAUUCAGAAAAAGAAGAUACAAAAGUCCAAGCAAAGUAGGUUGAACAAAAAAAUCAAACUUGAAAACUUUGAAGAAGUUAUAAAUCUGUUCAAAAAAAAUACUGCUCGGGGUCCAGAUUUUGCAUGCUGUUGUUGUCAUCGAUUGUUGUUCCAAAAUCAAGUACAAAUGUGCAAAAGAGACGUGUAUUCCAAGAGUGAAAAAUCGAGAGAAGUGGCUGGUGCUUGUAUCAAAGAUACGUUUUUGCAUCAAUGUAAAACGUCGUGCUCAGAAAAUUGUGCGAACUCAUCAAUGUGGAUAUGUUAUACAUGUCACCGAAAGAUAAUGAGUGGUGAAAUCCCUCCAGAAGCAUCAGCUAAUAACAUGUUCCUUGAGCCAGUCCCUGAGGAACUUUCUCGCUUAAACAAUUUGGAACAGCAUUUGAUUUCCUUACAUAUACCUUUCAUGAAAGUCAUGGCUCUUCCAAAGGGUGGGCAGAAGAAUAUUCAUGGUCCUGUUGUUUGUGUACCAUCUAAUUUGAAGAAAGCAACAUUUUUACCUCUAAAAGAGGAUGAAAACCUUUUGCUUCGAGUAAAAUUAAAGAGGAAACUGAGCUACAAAAGUUAUUAUGAAUAUCAAUUCAUAAACCCAACUCAUGUUCUCACUGCACUAGACUACUUAAAACAAAACAACAAAUGGUAUGCUGGAAUCUUUAUCAAUAGAGACAUUGAGAGUAAUGAAAAUGUAGAAGGUUCUGAACAAGAUGAAGUUCAAACUUCAAAUGAAAAUUCUGAACGAGAUGAAAUUCAAACAUCAAAUGAAGAUACUGAACAAGUUCAAGGAGAAACACCGAAUGAAGAUUCCGAACAGAUACAAAUAGCUGUAGACAGCUGUCUCCAACCUGUAGAUAUUGCACAAGAAGUUUUGGACCAUUAUUUUGAUGAUGUCUUCAAUAUUGCCCCUGCAGAAGGAAAUAAUCCAGUACGGAUGCUUCAAGAACAAGGAAACGAAGCAAAGACAUUCCCUUGCCAUUUUCCAUCAGGACAAUUCUCAUUUGAUCAACAAAGAGAUAAAAGAUUGACACUUGCUCGAUAUUUCAAUAACAGGCUGAUGAAUGCAGAUAACAGAUUUGCAAAAGAUACAAACUACAUCUUCUUUAGUCAGUAUAUGUCAGAACUAAAUCAAGUAAUUGAAAAAACGCAGAUUUCUGUUCGGAAGACGGUCACCAAAAAUGAAAAGGGGAGCGUUAUCAAUUCAGAUAUGCUUAGAAAUCCAGAAACUCUGUCAAAACUGUUGAGGAACGAUGAAGCAAUUAGAUUUAUGCAACCGAUAAGAGGUACACCAGCAUACUGGUCAGCAACUCAGAAAGAUCUAUUUGCUAUGCUUAGACAGCUUGGAAUUCCAACAUGGUUUUGCUCGUUUUCUUCAGCAGAAUAUAGAUGGAAUGAUGCCAUAAGUUCUUUACUCAAACAACUCAAUGAUGAAAGAAAUCCGGAUUUGUUAGACUGGACCGAAAAAAAUGAAAUUUUGCGGAGCAAUCCCGUUACAGUGGCUAGAAUGUUUGAACAUAGAUUUCGUAUCUUUCAGCGGGAUGUUAUUCAUUCACCGUCAGAACCUAUUGGGAAAAUAGCCGAUUUCUUUCAAAGAGUUGAAUUUCAACAAAGAGGUUCGCCACACAUGCAUUGUUUAUUUUGGGUGGAAAACGCACCAAAAAUAGAUGUUGAUGGUAAGGAAGCUGUGGCAGAAUUUAUCGACAGAUACGUGACAUGUGCUGUGCCAACUGAAAAUGAAGACUCUGAACUAAGAAAAAUUGUACUGGAUGUUCAACAACACAGUAAGAAGCACUCAAAGUCGUGCAAGAAAAAUGGAAAAGAAUGUAGAUUUAACUUCCCGAGACCUCCCUCACAGCGUACAUUCAUAACAGAAAAGCAUGAUGAUGACGAUGAAGAUGAAACUGCAGAAAUUCAAGAUGUGCACCAACGUAAUUCUACUUCAAAUCUUACCAAGUCUCAAGCAAAAGAAAUUUUAUUGAGUGUUUGGAAUAAGAUUCACACUGAUUGUGAUGGGUAUGAGACAACAGAAGAUAUUUUCGAGGAUCUUUCUCUGAAUCAAGACACAUACCAAAAUGCAAUGAAUGUUUUGUCAGAAAAACUGACAGUUGUCCUCAAAAGGCAUCCAAAUGAAUUGUGGACAAAUCAGUACAACCCAUGUCUUCUUAAAUGUUGGGAUGCAAAUAUGGAUAUACAAUAUGUUUUGGAUCCUUUUAGUUGCAUCGUAUACAUCGUCUCGUACAUCUCUAAAUCUGAAAGGGAAAUGGGAAUGUUAUUAAAACAAACAAACGUUGAAGCCCAAGAAGGAAAUCUGGAUGCCAAACAAACAUUAAAAAAAAUAGGAUCUGCAUAUUUGACGCACAGAGAAGUUACUGCGCAAGAAGCCGUCUACAGAGUUUGCAAUCUAAGAAUGAAAGAAGCUUCAAGGAAAGUGAUCUUCAUACCAGUUGGAGAAAACCCUACUCGAAUGACAAAACCCCUUUCACAAAUGAAGCGAAAACAAAAGGAUGCUAACGAUGAUUUACACGACGAAAAUGACGAGGAUGACGAAAUUUUCAUGACAAACAUUGUCGAAAGGUACGAAAACCGACCAGACAACAAGAUAUUUAACAACAUAUGUCUAGCCGAGUUCUGCUCUGAUUAUCGCGUCCUUGCCAAAUCCCAAGUUCCAAAAGGGGUUAAUGAAAAUGUCUUUGAACUUCAAAAUUCUAAGGGAUAUGUUCAAAAGAGAACGAGAACAAAACAGGCAGUUGUUAGGUAUCCAAGAUUUAGCGCUGAAAAAACAUCUGAGAAAUUUUAUCAAUCUCGACUACAGCUGUUUCUUCCCUAUCGGCAUGAAACACAAUUAAAACCGGAAACUUUUGAUUUGUACGAAACAUUUUAUGAAAAAGGAUUUGUGAAGUUACAUGGCACGAGAUCUGUAACAGCAGUAAAAAUAAUUGUGGAAACAAAUCAUGCUCGCUUUGCUCAGAAUGAAAGUGUUAUAGAUGAAGCUCAAGAGUUGUAUGAAAACAUAGGAGAACCGGAAGAUGCAUGGGCAAAUCUAUGCCCCGAGACAGAAAAAAAUAGAGAUGAAUGUGCCAUGAUGAAGUCAACACAGAAAACCCCCGAAGAUCUUGUAGAAAAUAUACCAGAUAUUGACAGUGAUUUCAACAAAGCUGAUGUGUUAUAUCAAGUACAACAACUUUGCGUCUCUAAUGAAGAGAUGUUGAAUAUUGUACAAAACUUGAAUCAAAUCCAACAAAACGUGUUCUACUUUGUGCGAGACUGGUGUGUCAGAAAAAUAGUAAAUGAAAACCCAGCUCCGUUCCAUAUAUUUUUAACAGGAGGUGCAGGAACAGGAAAAAGCCAAAUUGUGAAAGCUAUCAAUUUCGAAGCAUCACGCCUUUUCUCUAAAAGAUUGUCGUCACCAGAGGCUUUAUCAGUGUUGCUGACAGCUUUUACCGGCACAGCUGCAUUUAACAUUGGUGGCAGUACAAUUCACAGUGUUUUUUCUUUGACAAAGUUCUUGCCACUGCCAUAUGAACCAUUAAAAGAACAAACUUUAAGUGAAAUCAGAAUGAAGCUCUCAGACUUGCAAAUUCUUGUAAUAGAUGAAGUAUCGAUGGUGUACAAAAGACUUUUAUACUACAUCCAUGAAAGACUAGUGCAAAUCAAAAAAUGCAAACACCCAUUUGGAGGCGUUAGUGUGCUUGCAGUCGGUGAUUUCUUCCAACUACCACCAGUAAAACAAAGAAAAGAUGAGAGACUAUAUAAAGACAAUGCAUCAUAUCCAAUUGACCAUUGGCAAGAUUUAUUUCAAGAAGUUGAAUUGACUGAAAUUAUGCGUCAACGCAAUGAUGUUCCAUUUGCAAGAGCUUUGAAUUUGCUGCGCACAAGAACCUUAGAAGAUCCUUUAGCAAAUGAAACACUUGACACAGUGAAUGAUUGUAUCAGAGAUGGUCCGGAAGAUGUUCUUCACGUAUACUCCACUAACGAUGAGGUAAACAAUUACAAUUUGAAUAUGCUAGAAAAGAAAUGCAAAGAUUUCAAACAGAUUGAUGCAAAAGAUUAUCAAAAAGAUAAAACCUCAGGAAAACUCUGCCUUAGAGAUAAACCGUGCAUAACCAAAACUGACAGUUUAUCAAGCUCGUUACUCUUCGCAGUUAAUGCUCGUGUCAUGUUGACGAGAAAUUGCGAUGUCAAAGAUGGUUUAGUCAAUGGAGUUAUGGGAUACAUUUCACACUUUCAAUACGGAGAUGCAGAAAAAACAAACGUUACAGCUAUAGCUGUUAUAUUUGACAGUCAAAACGUCGGUAUAAAAACGGGAAAGCGAACUAAAAAUGGAAACAUGGUAUUGAUUGAAAGAAUUCAAGAAGAAAUUCUUGUAAGGAAAUCAAAUGCUAUUGUUAGACAGCAGUUUCCAUUAAAGCUAUCAUGGGCCUGUACAGCUCACAAGGUUCAAGGGAUGACUGUUGAAAAAGUUGUUGUCAACCUUGACAAAACAUUUGCUCCUGGCCAAGCCUAUGUUGCAUUAACGAGAGUAACUUCAAAAGAUGGAUUAUUCAUAGAAACAAACGACAGAGCAAAGUUAGCCAAAAAGUUGUACGCUGAUCCAGAUGUGAAAUCAGCCAUGAAAGACAUGAAAAAACUGGAACUUGACAGACCAUUUGAAGUUCACUCCAACAGCACCAUAGUUGUACUUCAUAACAUUCAAAGCCUGAAUAAAAACUUUUACCACAUGAAAUGUGACAGGAGAUUCACAAAUGCGGACAUUGUUUGUUUAACUGAAACAUGGUUAAGAUCUGAUCAAGAAACUGCUCAUCUACAUUUGAAUGGGUUUCAAUUUCGCCAUCUUGCAAGAAUAGAAGCUUAUAGCAACAACGAUGAACACACGAGGUCAUUACGUAAUUCAAAAGGAGGUGGGGUCGCUUUCUAUAUCAAAGAAAACAAUGAGAAAAUCAACAACAACUGUGAAGAAAAGUUAGAAAAUCCUCUUGAAAAUAGUAUAAAUGAAAAUGAACAGAAUACCAUCGACUGUGAUUUAAAUCUAGACUUCUUAGAUGAAUAUCUAUAUAACUUGGAAGAUUUACAGACCCAAGAAGAGAAUGUGGACGAGAAUCAAUCAUCACAUAUGGCAGUUGAAGAAGAUGGAGAAGAACCUUGUGUGGCCGAAAUGAAGAAGUCUCAACCGCAAGAGCCUCACAUUAUAGAACCCUUAGAGACAAUUACGCUGAAUCUAGUAACGACACAAAGAACUAUAAACGGAGUGACGUGUAAAAAGGGAGCGUAA